CGCUGAAACGCAGACAGACGCCUGUAAAUAAGAGGAAGGGUGAUGGAUGGUGUAUUAUUUUGAUGAAGCUCUUCAUAGAUAGUCAUGGCCAGUGCUUCACGCAGUGUCGUUGUGCAGCUCAGGCGAGCGGAGAGGCCCUGGAAGCCGCGUCAUCGCCGCGACGCUGAGGAUCUGGAGGAGGGGACGGACCCGGAGGAGCGGCAGACGCGGGAGAUUCUGACUUGCUUUCGGAUCGGGCUCAACAAACUCACGCCAUCGAGGGUCUCGAUGCUUCUGAGCCAGUUGGCACGGGUGCCAAUCUACUCCGAGCCCCAACUUAGGGGCAUGGUCGAGAUGGUGCUCGAGAGAGCCGUCGCAGAGCCAACGUUUAGUGAGGCCUAUGCCAACGUCUGCCACUGCCUUAGGGGGCUGACUGUGACCAUGGAACAUGAGCCUGGCCGCACAGUGAACUUCCGGAAACUUCUGCUAAACCGCUGCCAGGAAGAGUUUGAGAGGGGCUUGGAUGUUGAGAUCUGGGAAAAGAAGAAGAUUGCGUUGCAAAUCUACGCUUGCUUUGGGAUGGACCAGCAGAAGCACCUGAAGGAGGAGCUGGAGGAGACUCAGGAGCAGGCCCAAAAGCGGUCGGCGGCCAUCUUGAAGUUCGUCGGCGAGCUGUUUAAGCUGAAGAUGGUGGCGGAGGGCAUCAUCCACGAGUGCAUCACGAAGCUGCUGGAGAGGGGCACUGAGGAGAGCCUGAGCGGCCUCUGUGUGCUGCUGUCUGUCGCUGGCAAAGACCUGGACCAUGACGCCACCACGCCUUGUGUGGAUCUGUAUUUCAACCAGAUAGAGACGAUGAUAAAGGAACAGCAAACUUCCAACAGGAUCCGUUUUAUGCUGCAGGACAUGGUUGAUCUGAGACAGUCAAGCUGGACUCCUAGACACAGUGAUCCCGCUCCACUAACUACCGAUGGGACAGUACAGCAGCCUCUGCCGUCUAAGAAGAAGGGUCGUGGGAGGACCAAGAAAGGAGCCAAAGGAUCUGGAGCCAGCGUGUGUGCGCUUGACCAUCCUGUCCAGGCACCCCAUCAGGACUGCCACUCAGAGCACAUAUCGCCCAGUCUCCGACAGAUGCCUACGCCUGGAACUCUGGAUUUACUUACCCAUCUCUUGGUGUUGGAAGAAGAGGGCCUCAGUGGAGGAACAGGAGUGAAUUCCAGAGAAUCUGUGAAGAAAGAGUUGAUCCCCGGGCAGAACCAGUUCCUGUCUCCAGCAUCACCACCAGCACCACCACCAGCAGCAGCAUCAGCAGCAGCAGCAGAAGCAGCAGGAGUGUGGUGGGUGUCCCCCCUGGAGGACGACCUGUCCUGCCCCGUGUGCUGUGACAUCUACACGGACCCCGUGGUGCUGCCCUGCAGCCACAGUUUCUGCAGGCCGUGCCUGGAGCGGAGCUGGAGGGAGGACAGCGUCCGGCAGGAGUGUCUCAUCUGCAGGCAGAAGACCUCCGCCCACAACCCCACCCCCAACCGGGCCCUGAGGAACGUCUGCGAGGCCUACCUGAAGGAGAGGAGCGCCGGGACCGCGCCAACCGAAUCUGAGACGCAUUUAGCCCAGGUUCUAUGUCCAGUGCACGAGGAGAAGCUCCAGUUCUACUGUCAGGAUGAGGAGCAGCUGGUGUGUGUGGAGUGUGUGACUCAGGAACACAAGACGCACUCGGUCUGCUCCACCAAGAAAGCCGCACAUGAACGCAAGGAUGAGCUGAAAUCUCUAAUAAAAUCACUAGAGGAUGAUGUGAAGAAAAAUAAGACUUUACUUGAAGGAGUAACGGCACACAUCAAGGCCCAGGCAGUGCAGACGGAGGCGCAGAUAAAGGAGGAGUUUGAGAAGCUCCAUCAGUUCCUGAGGAGAGAGGAGGAGGCGCGCAUAGCAGCCCUGAGGCAGGAGGAGAGGGACAAGACUGCCCACCUGGAGGAGAAGAUGGAGGCCAUUGAGAGGGUGAUCUCGUCCCUCUCUGAGAGGAUGAAGCCCAUUGAGAAGUUGAUGGAGACGGACGAGGUCUCCUUCCUACAGACAUUUUCAGAAACAAAAGAAAGAACUCAUGAGGCCUUCCUGCAUCCUCAGCCAGGGUUUUGGCAGCUGCUGGACGUGUCCAAGUAUCUGGACCAGCUGAGCUACAGAGUCUGGGACAGAAUGGAGGAGAUGGUAGCACACAGUGCCGUCAUGGUGGGUUCUUCAGACACUUUGCAGUUCCACCCAGUGAUAUCUGUUCCCGAGCAGCUGGAAUGCUUCGCAGCUGGUCUGGAUGCUUCUGGAUUCUGGGAUGUAGGAGGGGUCUGGGGACAAGCCAGUGUGGACCACAGCAGUUUCUGAUGGCAGAAGGGUUCAGGUCCACUUACAGGCUAGAGAUGGAUGAUGAUUGGUGAUGAGAACAGAACGACAGCACUUUUGAUUGGAUGCUUUUUUUUCAGUCCAAGAACAUAGAUAGAUAGAUAGAUAGAUAGAUAGAUAGAUAGAUACUUUAUUGAUCCCCAAGGGGAAAUUCAAGAUGUUCAAGAAAUUAAUGGUCCCUGCAUUGCACAACUCUGAUAUGGUGUAUGGCUUUAAGAUGUAAGAUAGGAAAGAAUAUUGAUUUUGUAAUCAGUGCUGAAUUGCAAAUGAUAAAUAUUUAAAUCAU